AUGAGGUCUUCAACUAGACUUGACUCGGCCGUUUUUCAGCUCACUCCAACUAGGACCAGGUGUGACUUGGUCAUAAAUGCCAAUGGGAAGACCGAAAAGAUAGCCACUGGCUUGGUGAAUCCAUUUCUUGCUCAUUUGAAAGCUGCCCAAGAUCAAAUGGCCAAAGGUGGUUACUCGAUUAACCUUGUGCCAGACAAUGGAAGUGAUGCCCCAUGGUUUACUAAGGAAACUAUUGAGAGGUUUGUGCGCUUUGUGAGCACUCCCGAGAUUUUGGAGCGUGUUUAUACUUUAGAGUCGGAGAUUCUACAGAUGGAUGAGGCAAUUACUGUGCAAAGCAGUGGGGACUUCGGGCGUGGCACAGUUGAAGAUCACCACAUGAAAUUUUUAGAACGCAGUGAAGGGGUUCAUAUUGGAAGAUCAUGCGUGACAUUGACAGGUAGCAAGUCUUUGCCAGAUUCCAGUGAAGAGAAAGCUAUUGUCCUUUAUCAACCUGGUACACCUCCUGAAGCGAAUGAGCCGCCAGAAGAUUCAAAACUCCAGCUUAAGAAAGUUCUUGAGGCACGUAAAACCGUGUUACAGAAAGAGCAGGGAAUGGCAUUUGCUCGAGCUGUAGCGGCAGGUUUUACUGUUGAUCAAAUAGCACCUUUGAUGUCAUUUGCUGAAAGCUUUGGGGCAUCUCGAAUGAGGGAUGCAUGUGUAAAAUUCAAGGAGCUGUGGACAAGGAAGCACGAAACCGGACAAUGGGUGGAAAUCGAAGCAGCUGAGGCAAUGUCUGGCCGUCCAGAAUUCUCCCUGGUCAAUUCAUCAGGUAUCGUUCUUGCCAAUGGAGCCAAUGGGAUAGGAGGAGCUGAGCAUGGUUCAGAUGAGAAUGCCACAAUGGAUCAACCACUGCCACAACAAGGUCAGCAGGGAUACUUUCAAGGCCAGAUUCCACAUCCCAUGUUCUCUCCCUGGCCUGUCAAUUCUCCCCCGGGCACAUUGCCCGUUGUUCAAGGAAUCCCCAUGCAAGGCAUCCCUUAUUAUCAAAACUAUCCUGGCAACUCCCCUUUUGUUCAGCAACCAUAUGCAUCUGGAGAAGAUAACAGAAUUAAUAAUGGUGGUCAACGAGUGAGACGAAGACGACAUUCCAUGGAUUGUGGGGAUUCAGGUUAUUCUGACACUGCAACAUGGGAAGAGGAUGCUUCCAGAACAAGAUCUCAUGAUGACACAGAGUUGGACAAUCACAAUACUUCUGGUAAAGGUGGUAGAUCAUCAUCAGGGAGAAAAAAAAAGUCGGGAGGAACGGUUGUCAUAAGGAACUUAAACUACAUUACUUCUAAUAGGCAGGAGUUCUCAGAUGAUGAUGCAUCACAGUCUGCUUCUUCUGGUCCUGAUGAUGAAGGACGAGGUGGAGACUCUUCUCCAAACAGGGAUUAUUCAGUGGUCAAACAGAAGAAUACUAAUAAGGAAGCAGAUGAUGGACAGUGGCAAGCAUUUCAAACCUAUUUGCUAAAAGAUGCUGAUGAUGAAGCCGAACGUGAGAAUGGAGAUAUGUUUGCCAUGGAAAAGGCAACUCGUAAUAAGGGAUCAGCUGACGAAUCAUUGAAGAGGGAUAGAAGAACAGGUCAGCUUGGUAAUGGCAGAAGGCUUAUGGAUGCAGAGCUAGAUGGUAGGAGGGUUGGAUAUAGGAGAACAGCUAAUGAUGAUUUCAUAGUUGACGGGCAGAGAAAUCAUUCAGGCUAUAAUACCGAAGACCCACUUGCUGUGGACAUAUAUGAGAAUAGGAAGAAGUCAUCACAACAAGACAUGGAUGAUGGUGAUUCUUACAUAGUUCCAUUAAGGUCACCUUUGCAAUAUCAAGGUGAAAGUACCAAAGGAAGCAAUGCUGCUAUUGACAUGGAUUCCGAGUUUAUAUCAGCUAGGCCAGAAGUCUCUGGGGCCAUUGUCAAGUAUGAACCGGAUGAUUUAACGUUGGUGCAUGAGCGUGAAACAGAAAGAGGGAUGCUUGGUUAUGAUCCUGCUUUAGAUUAUGAUAUGGAGGUCCAUGCUGACCACGGCGGUAAGAAAGGUAAGAAGGCAGAGAAUGAUGUCAAUCCAGGCUCUAGAAAAUCAGACAAAGGUCCUAGGUCAAAACGUACACCAGAUUCUUCAGACAAGAAAAGGACGGUGGGCCCAAUCAGAAAGGGAAAGCCUUCGAAGUCAAGUCCAUUAGAGGAAGCUAAGGCACGAGCUGAAAAGCUAAGAAGCUUUAAAGCAGAUCUCCAGAAAAUGAAGAAAGAGAGGGAAGAAGAAGAAAUGAAACGUCUUGCUCUUCUGAAGCUAGAAAGGCAAAAGAGAAUUGCUGCCAAAGGUGGUUCACUUCCUGCUCAGUCAACCCCACUGCAAACCAGGAAAUCAUUACCGACGAAACUUUCACCAAUUUCUCACAAGAGUUCAAAAUUCAGUGAUUCAGAACCUGGACCAUCAUCACCUCUACAAAGGUCAUCUAUAAAACAUCUUUCUUCUAGUGAUUCUGUGAAGGCCUCGAUGUCCAGCAAGUUGAGUACUACCGGAAGCCAAUCUGCUGGAAAUAGAGCAAGUCGGUCAGUGUCAUCUUUGCCCGAGUUGAAGAAGGAAGACAACACUGUAACCACUGAUACGAAGGCAUCCAUGGCAGCACGGAUCAGAAGAUUAUCUGAGCCUAAAGUAAUUAGCAGUCAUCAUGUUGCUCCAGCAAAGCCACGGAAGACUGAACUUGCACCUUCAUCUUCAGUUAAGCCAAAGAGUGGUGAGCCAAUGGCAUCAAAACAAAAACUAGCUAAUGGGCCCGAGACCAAGAAGAUAUCUGCAAUUGUGAACCAUGAUAAAGGCAAAGCUGCAUCUCUUCCUGAGCUAAAAACUAGAACACCGAAAGCAUCUGAUGUUGUUGUCCAGGGGAAAGCGGUAGCUACUGAAACGACACAAGAUGGAAAUGGAUCCAAGUCAGUUAUGACUUCUGAUGGUUCUGUGGUUGCUGAAGGUGUAAAGAAGUCUUCUUUUCCUACAUCGCACACCUCUGAAGAAGAUAUUGUGAGGGUGCAAAUUUCAAACUCUGAGGUGAAGACUGAUACGGUGGCAGAAGGAACUAGCCAAGCAUCUACUCAACAUCAAACUCUGGGACAAUCUAGCGCUGAUCAGGUUAUGGCUCAUAAUGCAAGCGUGGUAGCCAAGGAAUCUUCACGGGUUUCAAACAGUAGUGUUGAUGAGAAACCAUACCAGGCACCAUUUGCCAGGAACUCUUCUCUUGAAGAUCCAUGCACUAGAAACUCGGAGUAUGGGAAAGCACCACCAACUGUCUUACUACAGCCACCAACAACAACUACUGGUACUGAGACAUUGAGAGCUCGCGUCUCUGAUCCCAUGAACCUGAAACUAGAGAAGAUCCCUGAAGUUGUUGACAAGUCUGAAGUGAAGGAAUCUCCAAAGGGGUUUAGAAGGCUGCUGAAGUUUGCAAGGAAGAGUCAUGCUGCUACAAGUGACCGUAACUCUGAAGUAGAUAAUAUGAGCAUCAAGAGCUUUGAGGCAGAUGAUGGUGUUGCAAAUGCUGCUGCAACCACAUCUAAUGAAGCUCAUAAUACUUUGAAAAAUCUCAUCUCCCAAGAUGAAACCCCUACUGCUGCAACUACUCUUCAAAAAUCUUCUCGCCAUUUCUCCUUACUGUCACCAUUCCGGAGCAAGACUAGCGAAAAGAAGCUACCUGCUUGA